AUGGACUCAGUGCUGCACAAAAAUCUCCCCCUCCCGAGGAAGGAUGAAAAACCAUCCGCUUCCGAAGAUAUAACAGAUGAUGGCCAGGGCAUCGCUGAGGGGGAGAUCAUAACUGCUGGAUCUCAACAGCUUCACCGAAAGCUACGUGGAAGAGAAGUCCAACUUAUUGCGGUCGGAGGAGCGAUCGGCACUUCUCUCUUCGUACAAAUGGGAGCAGUCCUUCCUCGGGGAGGACCAGCCGGCCUUUUCAUUGGAUUCGUGGUAUAUGGCACCAUUAUCCUGGCUGUGAAUCAAUGUUUCGCCGAAAUGAUUUGCUACAUGCCGAUUCCUUCGCCUUUUGUCCGGCUUGCGGGCCAUUGGGUCGAUGAAGCGCUGAGUUUCGCCAUGGGCUAUAACUUUUUCUUAGUAAUGGCACUGGGAAUACCAUAUGAGAUUGUGGCGCUCAAUGUUCUUCUGACGUACUGGACGGACAGAGUUCCUGUCGCUGUGGUCGUCGUUAUCUGCAUUGUCCUCUAUGCAGUUCUGAAUGUUCUUACUGUUCGUUACUUCGGUGUCUCGGAGUUCUACUUGUCCAUUUUCAAGAUUUUCUUGAUGGUGGGUCUAAUCAUGUACACCUUCGUAACCAUGGUCGGAGGGAAUCCGGAUCAUGAUGCUUACGGUUUCCGGUACUGGAGCGAUCCCGGAGCAUUUGUCUCGUACCUAGUACCGGGGGACACGGGCCGAUUUCUCGGAGUGUUAGCCUGUAUGGUCCAGGCAUCCUUCACAAUGGUCGGACCAGAAUUCAUCUCUAUGACUGCUGGAGAAGCUGAACAACCCCGACGGAUUAUGUCCAAGGCUUACUCAUCGUUUGUCUGGCGUCUCAUGUUGUUUUUCUGCCUUGGAGCGCUCUGUAUGGGCAUUGUCAUACCAUACAAUGACCCCGUUCUUGAGGCAACUUUGAGCGGUGAAAGGGAGGGGAGUGGUACUGGGGCAGCGUCUCCGUACGUCAUCUCAAUGGACCGAUUCAGGAUUCCAGUCCUCCCAGACAUUGUCAACGCUCUUAUUAUGACCUCGGUUUUCUCGGCUGGAAACAAUCUGGUGUACUCCGCCACGCGAACACUUUAUGGCAUGUCCCUUGAGGGCAAAGCCUUCGCUAUCUUCUCAAAGUGCAGCAAAUCAGGUGUACCCUAUUACGCCGUGGCUGCGACCAUGAGUUUUUGUUUACUCGGUUUCUUGCAGAUCAACAGCAGCUCCGCCACAGUCCUUGGUUGGUUGGUGAACUGUAUCACAGCUUCGUAUUUGCUCAACUACUUUGGAACAUGCAUAACUUACCUUUACUUUUUUAAAUCGCUUCGUCAACAAGGUAUUGACAGAAGAACCCUCCCGUACCGAGGCUACCUACAACCCUACACAGGAUGGUAUGCUGUUUGCGGGACUGGCAUUAUGACUCUGAUUCUGGGUCAUAGCCUGUUUAUAUCGGGACAGUGGGACGUCACGAGCUUUUGCUUGAACUAUAUCAUGAUUGCAUUCUUCAUACUCACUUUCGCAUUCUGGAAGAUAUUCAAGCGAACCAGGGCGGUGCCUUUGGGCAAAGCAGACCUUCAACUAGGAACCACCAAGCAAGAAAUCGAUGAGUACGAAGCGGCUUACGUUCCACCAACUCGCGGGAAAGCAGCGCAUUUCUUUAAUCGGGUGUUCGAGUAG